CUGACUUGAUCCUCUUCACGCCCUCUGUGCGUCAUCUCGUCUCCACGCACUGGUUCCAGCUGCGGGCUUCUGAUGUGGUCGACGCCAAUUAGCAGACCACCUCCACCAUGGCCUGGGUCACUUCCACCCCGGCCGCCGCCUUCGGUGGCCGCUCCAGCCGCCGCGCUGCAGCCGGCCCGUCCCCAUCCAGCCCCAGCCCAACACGUCUGUCCCGAGUCCAAGAAAAACAAGAACUCCAAAACCUGAACGACCGCUUAGCUAACUACAUCCAGCGGGUCCGAGAGCUGGAGAGCGAGAGGUCCUUCAUGCUCAUGCAGCUGGAGGAGAAGGACGACUCGAAGAGACGUGAAAUGGGCAAUGUGCGGCGGCUGUACGAGGAGGAGCUGGCCGAUGUGAGGAAGUCCCUGGAUGCCGAGGCCGGAGAACGCGCCCGUCUGCAGAUUGACUACGGGAAUCUGAGAGAGGAGCAUGAAAAACUUCAAACCAGGAAUCAGAAGAAGGAGGAUGACCUGACCAAUGCAUUAACUCAAUGGAGGAAAGCUGAAGCAAACCUGAACUCCAAGGAUGCAGAGCACACCGCGCUGCUGUCUGAGAAGAGGAAACUCUGCAGCGAACUGACAGACCUGCAGGGCCAGAUGGAAAAUAUGGAGAGCCUGCUGGGAGAAACAAAGAACCAGCUGAGCUCUGAGAUCUUAAGAAGGGUAGACAUGGAGAAUCAGGCACAAACACUAAAAGAGCAGCUCGACCUCCAGAGGAACAUUAGUGAGCAGGAGAUUCUACAGGUCCGGAGCAGACAUGAAAGUCGUCUUGUGGAGGUGGAAUCAGGACGACAAAGAGAGUUUGAGAGUAAACUGGCCGAGGCGAUGCAGCAGCUGCGUGAGGACCAUGACUCCAAGCUGCAGCAGUACAAAGAAGAGCUCCAAAGGACUUUCACCUCAAAGUUGCAGAACGCUCAGCAGGCUGCACUGGAGAAAAACAACGUCGCAUUAGCCACCAGAGAGGAGCUGCAGACCACUAAGCUCAGGGCGGAGACGCUCAGUUCUCAGCUCCAGCACUACCAGAAAGAUAAAAUGAUGCUGGAAAGUCGUCUUCAGGAGCUGGCGAGAACCCUGGAUAGGGAACGGGAGGUUUGGCAACAGAAACUGAGUCAGAAGGAACAAGAGCUGCUGAAUAUGACGAGUCAGAUGUCCACCCAGCUGGAAGACUACGAGAACCUUCUGGAUGUUAAGCUGGCUCUGGACCUGGAGAUCAACGCCUACAGGAAGAUGCUUGAGGUGGAAGAGCAGAGGCUAAAGCUAUCCCCCAGCCCUCCCCAGCAAUCGUCUGUAUCUGGAACACAAGAACGCUGCAGCCGCAAGUUGAGAGGGAAGAAAAGGAAACACGAGGAAGCUUCUGGAAGCUCGCCCGCCUACAAAAUGUCUAGCUGUUCAGCCGAGAGCGGCGUUAUUAAUGUGGCAGAGAUCAGCGUAGAAGGAAAAUAUAUUAAACUGAAGAACAACUCUGACUCGGAACAGCCGCUCGGUGGUUGGGUGGUUCAGCAGAAAUAUUCAGAAUCUGGUGAGAUAUCCUUCCACAUCCCCUCCUCCUGCAUUCUGGCUGCUGGACAGACGAUCACAAUCUGGGCUGCAGGAUCAGAGGGAGAAGUAGAGUCUGGGGAUCUGGUUCUGGAGGACCACAGAACCUGGGGCCCUGUCAGUGACGUCAGGGUCAUCCUUUUAAACUCCAACCGUGAGAAGGUGGCUGAGCGCAGGGACUGCACGCAUGGCAGUGGGGAGGAAAGAGAGCUGGACUUUGAAGAAGUUAUUGCUGGCAGUCACAUCCAGCGCUUUCAAAGACAGCCAACAGGAAAGUUCUGUUCUGUGUCUUGAGGUCAAAGCAGACCACACCCACAGAGGUAGUACCACCCAGUGAUUUUCUUCUCCGUUGAUCAGUUUGUAGUUGUGCAUCACAAUGCAUGCUGGUUAUAACAUGCAUGGCUUUUUUAAGGAUGCAUGCUGGAUGCUGUUGCAAGAAGCCACUCAUCAACUAGUCUAGUUUACUCUGGAUUUGUCUGACCAACUCAGAGUAAUCAUUAGACAACAGCGUUGCGUAAUAGACAGUCAGGGCUCUAAAGCCUUGUCAAA